UACCUUGACCGUCGUGUCGUCGUGUCUUAAGCUCCGCCCCCUUCCUUCACUUCCACCUUCUAAUCUUGGGAGGUUAAAUAAUUUGAAAUUAUUUGCUUUCUAAACACUACAAACCGACGAAAGCGGUGAGGUUUUGUAUACACGCAGUGUCUCGUGAAAAUCUGCACAAAGAAGAUGAUUGUGAGGAAGCUGCUGAAGACCGUUCUCAGUGUGGAACAAGCGGAGGGAGUCGGCGCUCGGGUCCGAAGGAGCAUUGGUAGGAAGGAACUAAGAAACUUGGAUCCUUUCCUGAUGCUGGAUGAGUUUAAAGUGGCCAAACCGGCAGGUUUUCCAGACCAUCCUCACAGAGGAUUUGAGACGGUCACGUAUGUUUUGGAGGGAAUCACAGCCCAUGAGGACUUUUGUGGUCAUUCUGGACGUCUGACGACUGGAGAUUUACAAUGGAUGACAGCAGGACGGGGAGUGGUCCAUGCUGAGAUGCCUGUGUCAGAGGAGCCAGUGGUGGGACUGCAGCUGUGGGUGAACCUCCGAAAACAAGAAAAGAUGAUUGAACCAGCAUACCAGGAGCUUAAAAGCUCAGAGAUCCCCAAACGCAGCCAGGGUGGGGUCACAGUCACCGUAAUAUCCGGAGAAGCAUUGGGAGCGAAGUCUAAGGUUUACACAAGAACACCGACCUUGUAUUUGGACUUCCAGCUGCAGGCCGGGGCCAUGCAUGUGCAGCCAGUCCCAUCUGGAUGGACCACCUUCAUUUAUACUCUCUCUGGAACUAUUCAUGUCGGCCCAGAUCAGGAGCAGCAGCCGGUGGAGUCUCAUCACACUGUGGUGUUUGGAGAUGGUGAUUGUGUCAAGUUUGAAAACAAGGGCUCUGAAGUUUCUCAUUUUGUGCUGGUUGCUGGAGAGCCGAUCAACGAGCCUGUGGUACAACAGGGUCCGUUUGUAAUGAACACUCAGGAGGAGAUCCACCAGGCCAUGAUGGACUUCCAGAAUGGCACAAAUGGCUUUGAAAGAGCCAAAAACUGGAGGUCCAAAAUCAGAGAUUCUUCUUAAGCAACGCAGCUCUUUAUACAGAUUGUUUCUGUCUUGCACUAUGAGGGUGGAUGGAUGGUAUCUUUCUUCUGCUGUUUGUGGUUACAGAAAUACUAUAUACAAUACUUUAUUUUGGUGUUUUUAAGUGGGUACAAAAAUACAUGUAAGGUAGGUUUGAGUUGUUC